UAUAGUGCAUUGUAAAACGGUUGUUAGACAGCGUGCUUAUGCAUACAAUUCCAGUGGCAACAGUGGGUGUAAGUGGGCAUGCACCUAAAUGAGAAAAUACGCAUGUAGGGUGGAAUCCAACAAAUAAGUUAAAUAUAUUUUGUUUGCUGAAUCUGUACCUUUCUUCUCUCUGAAGAUUUGCGAUGUUCACAUCUUGCUUAAGUUUUUAGCAACAUUGUGCUUUCAGUCCUGCUUGAGAUGCAUCUGUAAAAUGGGGUGGGUGUGUAUGUCUGAAGCCUGCUUGCUUAAACACACAAGUCAUGUCAGCUGCAAUGUGACAGUGCCUGGUGCUAAUGAGGUGAACUGUCAGAGCACCCAUCUGCUUAUAUUUUCUCAUCUCUGUGCAAUUAUGGCAAUGGGGACUGGAAAAAAGUCUUGGCUAUGUUUCUGUUUUGGCCUUUUCUGGAGUGUGGUUCUGUGUCCCCUUGAGGGACUGGAUAGCAUGGUUCUACUUCCUUUUUGGGAUUUAAGUGGUUGCUUCAUAAUAUUUCAGAUGAACUCUAAAACAGAUGUUGGAGUUGGGAGAAGAAAAGGAAAUCAGAAGUACAAAAAAGGGGAUACUCUCCUUUUUCUUCACCCCACCUACCUUCCCUGAUUUAAAUGCACCUUGAAAUGAAAUCUGUUGAAUGGAAAUAUGUGUUUGAGGUUGAGAAGAUGGAAGUUGAUAUUUGAAAAGUAGCACCUUUGAAGUAAAGUUGGGUGGUAAUUCAUAUGGACUGGAUCUGAAUAGUUGCAGCUGGCCUUCGAUAGGCAUAAAAAUGCGCUGUGAUUUCUCAGCUCAGCUACUUCAUUUUUUUAACCCUUAAGUUGUGAAAGGCAGAAUGAGCUGUGUAUUUUAUAUUUAAGUCAGAAACUUUUACUUUGAAUGUAUUGCAAACACAACAAAUAUGAAAUUCUCUUUGCCUUUCCCCAUUCUCAUAUGCUAGGCUCUCUUUGUUGAGCUUGAUGCCUUCUUGUACAGUCCUGUUGUAUUCCUGUUCCUGCAGCCUGUCUUUCAGUUUUUCAUUUUCCAAGACAUAUGCUGUAAAACAGUAGAUCAUGAUUAUGGAAUACAUUAGUCAUGAUGGUAAAGCUGUCUUCUCUUUGAGUUCUCACAAAAUGACAGAGUGGUUGCAAGGGACCUCUGAAGAUCAGCUAGUCAAACUCCCUCCUGAAGCCCGAUCACCUGGAGUAAAUCAUCUUGGAACACAUGCAGGUGGAUGUGGAAUCUACAGAAAAGGAAGCUCCGUGACCUGUGUGGGCAGCCUGUUCCAGUGUUCUGCCAUCCUCAAAGAAAAGAUAUUUUUGCUGAUGUUUAAGCGGAACUUCCUGUGUUCCAGUUUGUGUCCACUGCCCCUUGUCCUAUCACUGGACACCACAGAGGAGAGUCUGUCUGCUGUCGAGUUGGCGUCUCUUCUAGGCCACAUGGGAGAGGGAGAGACACCAGGCUUACACCAAUGGGAUGUAUAAUGGUCUCCGAGUGAAUGGGGAGCUCAUCACUGCUUACCCACAAGUGGUGGUUGUGCGUGUACCAACACCUUGGGUCCAGAGUGACAGUGAUAUCACAGUCCUUCGCCACCUUGAGAAGAUGGGAUGUCGAUUGAUGAAUCGUCCUCAGGCCAUCCUCAACUGUGUUAACAAGUUCUGGACAUUCCAAGAACUUGCUGGCCAUGGUGUGCCUCUUCCAGACACUUUUUCAUAUGGUGGUCAUGAGAAUUUUGCCAAAAUGAUUGAUGAGGCGGAAGUGCUGGAGUUCCCUAUGGUGGUGAAGAACACACGGGGUCACCGAGGUAAAGCUGUGUUCCUGGCACGAGACAAGCACCAUUUGGCUGACCUAAGCCAUUUGAUCCGUCAUGAUGCCCCUUACUUAUUUCAAAAAUACGUUAAGGAGUCUCACGGCAAGGAUGUGCGUGUCAUCGUAGUAGGAGGCCGUGUGGUGGGCACCAUGCUCCGCUGCUCAACAGAUGGGAGGAUGCAGAGUAACUGCUCACUUGGUGGCGUAGGGAUGAUGUGCUCACUGAGUGAACAAGGCAAGCAGUUGGCAGUCCAGGUGUCCAACAUCUUGGGGAUGGACGUGUGCGGUAUUGACCUGCUGAUGAAGGAUGACGGUUCAUUCUACGUCUGUGAGGCCAACGCAAAUGUAGGUUUCAUCGCCUUUGACAAGGCUUGUAAUCUAGAUGUAGCUGGUAUCAUAGCGGACUAUGCCGCUUCUCUCCUUACCCCCGGUCGCUUGACGCGGCGCAUGUCCUUGCUCUCUGUGGUGUCCACGGCAAGUGAAACUAGUGAGCCAGAGCUGGGCCCUCCAGCUAGUGCCGCUGUCGACAAUAUGAGUGCUAGCUCCAGCUCUGUCGACAGCGACCCUGAGACCACCGAGAGAGAGUUGCUCUCCAAGCUCCCGGGGGCUCUAUUCAACAUGAACCAGCUGUUAGCCAAUGAGAUCAAACUUCUUGUGGAGUGAUGCCACGUGUAAAUAGAUGACACCAGAACUCUCUCUUGUAAAAUUUUUUUUUAAAACCAACUUGCAAUGCUGUUUAUCAGAGAAGCUCAGAGGAGGGGGUGUUAAUCAGGAGAGCAAAAGGCACGCUUACUGUGAUUGCUGCCCCUACUUCUUUGCAGAACAUAAAGUGGUGUCCAUUCUUCAGCAUCAGUUUUCUAAUAAAGAUGCUCAGUUUACAACCUAAGUGGGAAUUUUAUUUGGAUACUGUUUUGAUCCCCAGACAUAUUACAGUUCGUAUGUGUUCACAGGCAAGCACUUGAAGUAUGAUUCAUACCAGAAUAUUUUCAGAAAGCUGUCUGGCAGCUCUCUAGAAACUUCUGUGUAUUACUGGACCAGUUAAGUCCAUUCUACCCCCAUAUGGCUUAAUCCUGUAAAUUGCUGUGUGCCUCACAUUUUCCACAUGAGUUGAAGGUGUUAAAUAGCAGAUAUCUGAACACCUGCAGUUCUUGCUCCUCUAGAUGGGAGUGGGAAGUUCAGCAUCGUUUUGAAGUCAUCACUUUUUAACCUUGCAGGAUAUGGUCUUUCAAAUGAUGAGGCUGAGAAGUGUCAGUUGACUAGUGUGAGCUUUCUGUGCAAAUCUGUCAUUUGUGCCAAUUUGGUAUUAAUUGGCAGGUUUGUGUCAAUAUUUCUUUAUAAAGCUUUUGAAGGGGAAUUUUAGUGCUUGUGUGUUUUCUCAUUUCAAAUCCUGAUUUUGGAUUGGAAUGAGCAGGCAAAUUGGUCAUAUUCUAUUUGUGGCGGAACUGGCACGUUAUAAUUUUAACUCUUUUUUGCAUGAUUGGAGGAGAUAAACAGCACUGUAGUGUUUGGCGUACGGAAUAAUGUUUAAUGCAAUGUGAACAAAAAUUACACUAGUUUAAAGAAACGUGCAUCAACUUGUAUUUGUUAGUGUUUUAGUCUUUGAGAGAGAUCUGCAAUGUUAAUGUUUCUUUUUCUUUAAUACAUGUUAGUCCAACAUUCCCUUCUCUAUGCCUGCAUCUUUAACAGCGGCCAAAGUGAAAAACCACUGAGUUAAAGCCUUUUUGUUGGUGGGGCAGCAUUUUGUUUAUUUGUUUUUAUUUUAAUUUAUGAUUAUUUUUGUUGGUGGUCAUGGUUUUCUUGUUGGUUUGUUUUUUUGUGGGUUUUUUUGUGGGUUUUUUUGGUUGGUUGGUUUGGGGGUUUUGUUUUGCUUUGUUUAUUUUUUUCUUUUGUCCUUUUUUUUUCUUUUCCCCUACUCUUUUGGGGAGGGGGGAAACAUGGUAUGGUGUGGAGGAGGGCAAAGUUGGUUGAAAGUGAUCAGACAUCAAGAAGUACUUUAGAAUAAAGCUGCAGUUCUUACAGUGCUUACCAGGCUUACUUUUUCCCCACUGAAAUAAAAGCUGUUGUUGGCAGAAAUCCAAAGAGUAUGACUGGGGAGAACUACUGAAUUCUUAGCUUUAGGAAGCAUGCGGCAGAUUUCAAGCAGUGAAAUUUAACAGCAAACAAACACAAAAAAAAAAGAAAAAGAGAAAAAGAAAGAAAGUAGCUGAGCCAGAAUGAAAGGAUAAAACAAAUUAAAACAACUUAGGUCCACAAACAAUUAACAAAUUGAUCCUGAACCUUUAUGUGUGUGUGGUGUGAGUGCACACACUUGUGUGUGUUUGUGUGUGCUCAUUUGCUUUUCUUUAUUUCUUUUUGAUUUUGGCUUUUUGUGUUAGGGCUUAUUUUUUCCAGGCUGCCAAGUUUUCCUUAGUCCUUCUGGCCAUGCGUUUUCUCAUUAUCCUUGAGCUGUUUUGGAGAAGACAACCAAAAUAGAUACCAAGUCCAUUUUUUCAUUCCCUCUCUUCACCCUUCUUUUCCUCCUCUUUUUCUUCCCUUUUCAUUCCUUUUUCUUUCUCUGGGUUCAUAAAGCCUUGGAAAUACAUGUAUAUAUAUAUACACACACACACACACACAUACAUAUAUAUAUGUAUAACAAGAUAAACCUUUUAAGUUUUUCUAAAGAAAAAGUGAAGUUAAACACAAUUGAAAAACCAUCUUGUGACAAUAGGCUUUGUUUGAAGGGGGGGGUUGUGUGUGCGCAAUGCUACUGUUUUCUGGAUACUUUAAUGGAGCAUGUCCCAUGUACUCUGAGGCUCUGCACUGCCCACCUCUGUGACCCUUCCUCACCUCUCUGCUGCUCUGCUGUUUAAUCUGCACUUGGACCUUAAACACAACUAAUGGACACUAUGCAGAGAGUCUUCAAGAGGCAAUAAACAAAACAGUAUUAACCUGCUUUAUGGAGGUUUGAUCAUGCUUCUUUGUACAGUUUGAUUUUUUUUAAAAAUUUUAUUUUUAAAGGAAUGUAAUAAAAUGACUUUUUUUUUGUAGAAUUAAAUAUUAUUAUUAAAAUCAAGUGAAAGGUUGGCUGUUCGUUUUAAGCAGGAGACUGGACCAUCUGGUCCAGCAACAAAAGGAUCUUCAGCAGUAAAGGUAUUUUCAAGUCUGUUCCUGAGCUUUCAAGCUCACAGGUUAUAUCUGAAGAAUAUAAAAGUCUUUAACUUUCAUGAAGAGUUUCAGAAUCAGAACAUGAAACAGUUUUCUAGUCACUGAGCAGUAAACUUUCUCUUCCAAAGGUUCUUCUGGUCUUGUUUAUGUGAAGGGGAAUUUUGGGGGGUGGUGGUUGUUUUGGCUUGAUUUAGGUUUUCUGUUGAUUCUUUUGUUUGUUUGUUUGGCUGGCUUGAGCCAAACUCUGUGUGUUUUUCCUUUUGCUUUUUACUGGUAGAUGUGAUAGGAUCAAUCUUUCCACACUGAGCACAUGUGGAAUAAUGAUAGGGAGGGGAGUAGAUGUGCAAGCUGGUAUAGUGAGACCUCUCUAUCACAGGAAACAUCUUUUAAAGAAAAGGCUGGUAACUGAACAUUGUAGACUAUUCCUGAGUCUCCAUAGUAUUUUGUAGCUCAUGGAAACUUUGCAGUCCUACCACAUUCUUAGAAUGUCCAUCUUACAUCUCACAGUAGUAAAUUUGUGAAGUAAACAUAAGAUUUUUUGGCGGGGGAGACGAACAAUGGAUUGAGAGAUUUACAGUUUGGCUCCCUUGGAAUAAGAUGCUCCUCUGUGGUCGGUGCUUUCUUUGCUCUUUUGGAGAUAGUAGUCACGGAGGGGACAGGAUAUGAAUUAUCAUAUACAUUUGUUUUCAGACACUGGGUAUCGGUACUGUAUGAAAACCUUGCUUCAUUGGUAUGAGUGGGGACACUCUUCCCAUGCGUUUACUCCCUACUUAUCCAUUGCUCUUGAAAUAGUGGAAUGUAUAGAAUGGGCAAGGGGUGUGAAGGGGGAGUGUCUUGUUUUUACUUUAAGGGAAAAAGCACCCAUAAAAAUAGGCUGUAGUAAAUAGGCAGUGUUUGCCACUGAAGGUGAACUUGCCACAUACUAGCAUCGUAUAUUGUGUUUCCUUCAGUUCUGUAUGCUGAAAAACACAUGCUGAACUUCCAGAUAGUAGCGCUAACACUACCUCCCUACAUGGGUUUGGAAUCAUGGUCUCCAUAGCCCUGGAUUACAGUAGUGCCAAAACAGCUGAUAGUGGUGCAACUAUCUUUGUAUAUUUUUAUGUUAAAAAGGGGCCAGUUGCCAACUUCUGUUUGCAAGUAUCUGAUGGAAUUUGUCUUUUGUAAUACUGGAGAUUUUUCUUCUGUUCAACUUACCACAUUUAUAAUUGCUGUCUUACUGUAUCAAUGCAGAGAUUGUAUCUUUAAUUGUAUCUUUAUUGCUUUAAUGUGUGUUAUAAAAACUUUCUCUUGGAAUGUUACACCACUUCAUCCGUAACACAAUGUCAAUGCUUGAUAUGUAUGUGGACCGUUAAUGUUUUUAUUCUGAGCUGAUGGUUAGAGCAUUUUGAUCCGCUUUGUAUUUAGUAGUUAGGAAAUAACCUCUGGAUCAUCUCUGUCUGUUUGAUGCAAAGGAGAUACUCCAUCAGAUGUCGCACUGGACUUCAGAAUCAAACAAAUUGAACUAGUGACGUUUGCUAAAUCUUUUCACUCUCUUAUUGUAAAAAUCCUGUCAGUUAAAUACAUAAUGGACCUUAAGGGCUUAGAGAGACUUUGAAAACAAAUCACAUGUGCAGUAUCUUUCUCAUGGCUUGCUCUUUUUGAGAAGGUUUAUGGGCUUUAUGGCUGGUGUGAGACACACGACCCACUCCUGUACUCUCUAUGGAAUAGUAGGUGCUCGGACAGGUAACUUCUGUUGCUACUGUCUUUUUAAUUUUUAAUUUUUUCACUAUUUUAGGAGUUGUUUUAAACUGAACGCUGCAGGAUUUAUAAACAGGUGUUUGCUGCCUUUCUUUUGUUUCUUUCCGUCUUUUGUAAAUGUUUGAGGGUGAUUUUUGCGAGCGUUCUUAUGGUGGAUCUUGGCCUGCUGUUGGGAGGUCUCCAGGCCUCUCUUUGUUUCCAGUUUUUGAGUUGAAAAGGUUUUUAUUUUGUUCAUUUAUUUAAAACAAUGACACAAAUCAUGUGUAGAUUUUGGGUGGGAUUUGUUGUUGCUUGAUUUUUGGUGACUUUUUCUCCCUUUUUUCUACAGAAAUACAUUCUAACAGUUCACA